AUUUAUAUAUAUAAUUAAAAUAAUAUAUAAAUAAUGAUAAUAUAAAUUAAUAAAAUAAUAUAUAAAAUUAAAAAAUUAUUUAAAAAUAAUAUCAAAACAAUUAUUAAAAUAAUGUAGGUAGGAGUUACGACUUCAAUAACUAUUCAUAACAGUAAUAAAAACAAGUUACCGGUAAGUAAAAAAAAUAAAAAUGAAAGAAAUUACCAUUAAAAAAGUGCUUUUUUGAAAAAAAAAUUUAUAAAAUUAUUUCAAAAACUCGACGCGUACUCAUUUAGCUGCCUAAGGAAAGAGGCCACAUUACUUGACCAUUAUCACCUGUUACUGUGUGUAAAGAGAUAAAAAUGGGCCAUCAUCACCAAGAAUUCAACACCCAAAACCUGACCCUAAUAGAAGCGGCUUUAAGGGUCCUUACCACGCCAGACCUGUUUGAGAAAGUAAAGCUAGGAGACUCUUUUGCUUCUCAAUGGCUUCAAGGAACCAUUUCCCACCCUUACUUUCCAUCCCUGAACCUCAUUAUCCCUUAUCGCCCUUCCAGAUUCACUAAUGUUAAGUUGAUUGCACCGGGUUUAAUGCCAAAACUGAAAAGGCAAGCUUGCAAAAAUAGCCUUGUUCACACUAAAAUUUGGGCUAUUGACUUGUCUUGGGAUAAUAUUGUUCGUUUUGGUAAGCAAGAGGCAAUGCCAAGAGAAUUCUUUACAGAUUUUUUGAAGGUUGCGCAAGAUGAAGGCAGACACUUUAAUCUCCUAGCAAAAAAAGAACUAGGUUCUUCUUAUGGAGCAUUACCAGCUCAUGAUGGGCUAUUGGACUCUGCCAUCACUACAUUAAAGGACCUAUUGGCACGUUCGGCAAUAGAACAUUGUGUCUAUGAGGCCAGUGGACUCAAUAUGCUGCCAACAACCAUAUCUCGAUUCCACAAUGGAGGUGACAAUGUAACAGCUGAUUUACUGGAGAGAGUGGUGUACCCUGAAGAGGUUACCCAUUGUGCUGCUGGAGUUAAGUGGUUUAAGUAUCUACGCUUGAGGUCUAGACAUUUAGGUAUUGAUUCCUGCUUAGUAUCUAAGACAGCAGAGGGUGAAAGUGAAAUUACAAUGGAGGAGAAUGAAGAGAUUAUUCAGAAAUUUCAUGUUGUAGUCAGAACACACUUUAGAGGACCAUUAAAGCCACCCUUCAAUGAGGAAGCAAGGAAAGCAGCUGGCUUUGGGCCUCGAAGGUAUGAACCACUUGCUGUCAAAGAGAUCAAUGCAGGAUGCAGAUGAUGAUUCAACUUCAUAGAAGCAAUGCGAAAAGAAGUGAACAACCAUUUUGUACCCUUAUAAUUCAUCAGUUUAAGCUGGGGACCAUAUGAUCUUUGUAGCCAUUAACAUUAAAAAGCAUAUUGAGAUGUUGAAUUGGCAUGGGGCGCAGUUCCCCUAGCUUCAUGCAAUUGUUUUCAAAUUCAAAAACCCCUUUCAAAGGAGUCUGUUAUUGAGUA